CCAAGAUCAUUUAUUGUGCGAAUUUAAAGGCAUAUCGUGCCCGUUGUGGCGUUGUUGACAAGGGUCUGAGGAAUGCGUUGUAGGAGCGUCAUUAUUGUGUUGUCGAGUGUAAGAAGCUGAUUGGCUGUUCCAGUGUGACGGGGGUUCUUGUCCCAGAUCGCAGGGGUUAGACAAUAAGAAUCCAAACAGCAGCAUUUCCAUUAAUAACAGAGCAUAGAUGGUAUUUCUAUCUCUCUGUGGUUUCAAGUAGCUGGCGCUGUCACAAAAACAGCUGUUCUAAUUAUAUCAGACGACUCGAAUAAUUCUUCAUAUUUAUUCAGUCACUUAGACAAAUCAAAUACAUCCCAGAAAAAAAGAAAAAAAUAUUUUUUUUCGGAAAGAAAUGGUGAUGGAGAAGCCCAGUCCCCUGCUGGUAGGGCGGGAGUUUGUGAGACAGUAUUACACACUGCUCAAUAAAGCACCAGACUUUCUGCACAGAUUUUAUGGACGAAACUCAUCCUACGUCCAUGGCGGACUGGAUUCGAAUGGGAAACUUUCAGAGGCAGUCUAUGGGCAAGCAGAGAUACACAAAAAGGUUAUGUCCUUGCAGUUCAGCGAAUGCCACACUAAAAUCCGGCAUGUGGAUGCCCAUGCCACGCUGAGUGAUGGUGUGGUUGUUCAGGUGAUGGGAGAGCUUUCCAAUAAUGGACAGCCCAUGAGGAAAUUCCUACAGACAUUUGUGCUGGCCCCAGAGGGUUCUGUCGCAAAUAAGUUUUAUGUCCACAACGACAUCUUCCGAUAUGAGGAUGAGGUCUUUGGGGACUCUGAGGCUGAGCUUGAUGAAGAAAUCGAAGAAGAGACUGAUGAGCCAGAAGACAGACAACCAUCGCCUGAACCCCCAGACAGUCCCAGUAAUGCCAACUGCUAUGAACCCCAUCCUGUGAGCUGUAACAAUGGUGUGGAAGAAGCUCAUGAGGAAGCAGUUAUGGACCUAGAGUCUGAAGUUGCUCCAGAUCCCAAGAUUGAAGAGCCCAAGCUCAAGGUAGAGGAGAAGGUUGUAGAGGAGUUUGAGGAGAAAGCCCUGUCUCCUGUUCCACUGGAAUCACCUCCCAACAUACAAGAACCGCCAAAAACCUCUUCUUGGGCUUCUGUAACCAGCAAAAAUCUGCCUCUUAGUGGAACUGUUCCAUCUGCUGGAGGUCAACCACAUGUUGUUAAAGCACCAAACACACAGCCCAGAGUUGAGACCAAGCCAGAGGUGUCGUCAGCUUCAAUCCGUCCACGUGACCAGCGGAUCCGUGACAGACCUCCAGUAACCUCAAGAGGGCCUAGAUCUGAUGGUGUCUCAUCCUCUGAACCUCAAGCUGGAAAACCACAUUUUAGCUUUGUAAAUAAAGGAAGGGCUGAUGAGUCGAGUGAAAUGGACAGUAGGAGGGUGGCGUAUCCAGACAGUCAUCAACUGUUUGUUGGAAAUCUCCCUCAUGACAUUGAUGAGAGUGAACUCAAAGACUUCUUCAUGACUUUUGGAAAUGUUGUUGAGUUGCGAAUCAACACCAAAAGCACUGGAGGAAAGAUUCCCAACUUUGGCUUCGUUGUCUUUGAUGACUCAGAGCCAGUGCAAAGAAUUUUGGGAGUCAAGCCAAUCAUGUUCCGUGGAGAAGUUCGUCUGAAUGUUGAGGAGAAAAAGACGAGAGCGAUGCGUGAGAGGGAAACCCGAAGUGGAGGAGGAGACGAUCGUCGAGAUGUAAGGCGCAGUGAUCGGGGGCCUGGUGGUCCGCGGGGCAUCGCUGGAGGAAACAUGAUGCGAGAGCGAGACGGCAGAGGCCCGCCUCCACGUGUUGCCACUGUACCCAAGCCAGGCUUGGCUUCCGGAAGGGGCUCGGGUUCCAAUGAGAGCCGUUUUACUGCUCAGAGGCGUUGAGAGGAGCUCCCCCUGUAGUUUGGAAGUAGUACGAUCUUCAUUUAUUCUGAUAUUGAGAAGUCUAUGUAAAAAGCAUAUACAUACUUCAGGUUUUUUUUUUUUUUUUUUUUUUUUUUUUAUAAUCUUUUUGUUUUACACUUGCAUUUUUGCCUUUGGAAUGUCUGCUGUUUCCGGUGAAGCAGUUCAACGACUUGAACAACCUAAUGACUCAUAACACACUAUUCACUUUAAAUUAGAAUCGUGCUGCAAAUCCUCUGGUUUGUAAUUAUCAAAUGGAAACAUUUGCAAACUUUGUGGGGA